AAUCAAUAUAAAUAACUUCAUGUACUAGUCCCUACCUAUUCUUAAACUCAAUUUUGUUUACAAAAUACUGAGAUUUAGUGCAAUAGGACGAUGAGCUAUCUCAUCUCGUAUAGACUUAUUAACGAUAUUUAAUGCUCUCCUUAUAAGCUAAUAUCAACUCAAUUAGUAACGCUUACUAUUUCGGUAAAUGCUCGCAAAGAAAAGUUUGAUUUAGGGAAUGAGAACAUGGUGGGAACGUUUACCUCUCCAAAUCUAUUUAAAAGUAGUAAACCUAGCAAUUGCAAUGUCAAAAAGAGCCGCGGAAGAUACCCAAGACAUAGAGGGAAAAAAUGGCCCUGGAAGACGCGAAGCAGUCUCUGAUUCCAUAGAUACAGAAAUGGGCAACUUUGAGGACGCGUACGAAGACGAAUUUGAAAGUGAAGAUGAGUACUUGGAAGCUGAUGGAAAGGAAGAUAAUGAAAUGGAAGAAGCUGAGGAGGAAGAGGACGAUUCGGCUGCAAGAUCUGCCUGGUUACCAGGUGGUGUUAUUAAUGAAGGCGAACAAUUGGUUGUAGAUCCUAGCGCCUACGAUAUGCUUCAUAACAUGCAAGUGAAAUGGCCAUUUUUGAGUUUGGAUAUUAUUCCUGAUGCUCUGGGUGACGAGCGUCGUAGCUGGCCUCAAGAGAUGUACUUGGCUGGAGGCUCGCAAGCAAUCAACAAUAGCGAAAACGAAGUUACAGUGAUGAAGGUCAGUCAGUUAUGCAAGACCAAACACGAUGCCGAGAAUGACGAGGAAUCUGAUAAUUCUGAUGUUGAAGACGAUCCCAUUUUGGAGCAUCGCUCUAUACCAACUAAGGGAGCCUGUAACCGCAUUCGUGCUUCACCUGUCUCAACGAAUGAUCCUCAAAAGAAGAGCUUCUUAGCUUCAUUUCAAGAAACAGGAAAGGUUCACGUUUGGGAUAUCGCCCCUCAUCUCCAAUCUCUCAACAGCCCCGGUAAUUUAGUUUCUCGCAACCAAAACAAUCCUGUACACACAGUGAACCAACACAAGACCGAAGGAUAUGCUUUGGACUGGUCUCCUUUUGAAUAUUCCUUACUUUCCGGAGAUUGUGCCAACGAAAUAUACUUGACUCGUGCCACAAACACCGGAUGGCAAACUGAGUCUUCUCCCUUUUUGGAUCAUACUGGAAGUGUGGAGGACAUUCAAUGGUCUCCUAAUGAAAAGACUGUGUUUUCUAGUUGUAGUUGUGACGGAACAUUCCGUAUUUGGGAUGUUCGCAACCAAAAGAAGACUUCUGCCUUGACAGUUAAUGCUCAUCCAGGUGUCGAUGUUAACGUUUUAAGUUGGAACUCUCGUGUGCCUUAUCUGAUGGCAACUGGUGCCGAUAAUGGUGUGUUCAACGUGUGGGACCUACGCUCUUUGAAAUCUUCAUCAGCUGUUGCCACUCCUGUUGCAUCCUUUAAAUGGCAUCAAUCCGCUGUCACUAGUAUCGAGUGGCAUCCCAAGGAAGAAUCUGUUCUUGCUGUUGCUGGUGCUGACGAUCAACUUUCACUUUGGGAUUUGUCCGUUGAAUUGGAUCCUGAAGAACAAGCUAGCCGUGCUUCUGAGGGUCUACAGGAUGUGCCUCCUCAACUCAUGUUUGUACACAUGGGACAGUCAGCCAUUAAAGAGCUACAUUGGCACAAACAAAUUCCUGGUACAAUUGUUUCUACUGCUCAAACGGGUUUGAACGUUUUCAAGACGAUCACUUUUUAAUAUUUUAUGGAAAUGAGGAAAGCACGUUUUAUUUUUGUCUUUAAAAACGUAUACAUAUAUUUUUUUUGGAAACCGUGAUAGGAAAUGUUGAUUAUUGUACUUUUUUUGGUUUCUUCUUUCUGUCGUUGCAAAAUUCUUGGGUUUUUGGCUUAUUAUUGGUUAGACAUUUGAAUAACAUGGAUUCUUUCUAACUACAUUUUUGUAAAUGUGUGAGUUGUAAUGUAAAUUAAUCGGUACCCCGGGUAUUCUUGCAUCUCUCACAUUGGGAAAACA